CCGGAGCAAUGGCAGAAUAUGGUGAACAAGAAGAGGCACUUUCCUCCGGAGCUGAUCAGUGCUAUCCAGGAGGGGAACAUAGUGAUGGUGUGUGGCCUGCUGAAGACUGGCGACGGCAUCAUCCGUCAGCUGGACGACUGAGGACCAUCUGUGGAGGGAGGCCCUCAACCUGUCCAUCCACCUGGGCAACGAGGACACCAUGGAUGCCCUCAUCCAGGGCAUCAAGUUUGACUUCUGCCAGAUCCAUGAGGCUCUGCUGGUCGCCGUCGACACCAACCAGCCCUGUGUGGUGAAGAGGCUCCUCGACCGCAUGGACCAGGAGAAGGGCAACAAGAUGGACGUGCGAUCCUUCUCCCUUGCCAUCUUCGACCACUCCAUUGACGACUCGCAGUUUGCCCCCGGCAUGAGCCCGCUGACCCUGGCCUGUCAGAAGGACCUGUAUGAGAUUGUCACCAUGCUGACCCAGAAGGGCCACGCCAUCUCCUGUGUCUGUCUAGAGUGCUGGAACGGGCAGCAGUAUGACCUGCUGAAGUUCUCCCUGUCUCACAUCAACACCUACAGUGGCAUUGACAGCAUGGCCUACCUGUCCAUCACCUCAGACGAUGCCAUGCUCAGUGCCUUCGGCCUCGGCAGGGAGCUCCACAAAAUCUCCAAGAAGGAACCUGAGUUCAAGGUUAGUUCCUGUUAGUCACUAUACACAAAGUAUGUGGUGUAUUACCGUGGAACUAAUCUCUCUUGGACAGACUACGUAAAAAUAAAUUCUGGGUAAACCGAGAUUACCCUGGAACAGGAAUAUAACUAUACUGGCAAUGAAUGUUUUCAUUGUGAGUAACUAUAACUUGUUACCAUACUAUUACCAUGUUAUUACCAUUUUAUUCCCUGCUGCCUUAUAUACAUUGACAUGGAUUCACUGGCCACUUUAAUAAUGGAACACUAGUCACGUUAAUAAUGUUUACAUACUGCUUUACUCAUCUCAUAUGUAUAUACUGUAUUCUAUUCUACUGUAUUUUAGUCAAUGCCACUCCGACAUUGCUCGUCCUAAUAUUUAUAUAUUUCUUAAUUCCAUUAUUUUACUUUUAGAUUUGUGUGUAUUGUUGUGAAUUGUUAGAUACUACUGCACUGUUGGAGCUAGGAACGCAAGGAUUUUGAUACACCCACAAUAACAUCUGCUAAAUAUGUGUAUGUGACCAAUAAAAUUAGAUUUGAUUUGAUUUAUUCUGUGCUGUUAUGUGAAGUGCUAUUAGGUUGUUUAUCUGAGUGGUUGUUUGUGUUCUCUCUCCCCCAGCCUCAGAACCUGGGUCUGGAGAAGCUGUGCCAGGAGUUUGCGGUGGAGCUGCUGGAGAUGUGCCGUAACCAGAGUGAGGUCACCACCAUCCUGAACAGCUGUGGAGACGAAAACCAGGACGCCCUUGACCAGCAGGUGUUUGAGGAGGGCAUCCCCAACAUGACCCGCCUGAGGUUCGCCUUAAACUACAAUCAGAAACAGGUAGAGCCAUAGUCAUCUAUAACCAGAAACAGGUAGAGCCACAGUCAUCUAUAACCAGAAACAGGUAGAGCCACAGUCAUCUAUAACCAGAAACAGGUAGAGCCACAGUCAUCAAUAACCAGAAACAGGUAGCGCCACAGUCAUCUAUAACCAGAAACAGGUAGCGCCACAGUCAUCUAUAACCAGAAACAGGGAGAGCCACAGUCAUCUAUAACCAGAAACAGGGAGAGCCACAGUCAUCUACAAGCAUACACAGGUAGAUCCACAAGCAGCUACAGAGCUAGUAGACCAUCCAGGGUAUAUUUAAGCAAUAAUGCACGAGGGGGUGUGGUAUAUGGCCAAUAUCCCACUGCUAAGGGCUGUUCUUAUGCACGACGCAACGCGGAGUGCCUGGAUACAGCCCUUAGCCGUGGUAUUGUGGUGAAUUAUUAUUAAUGAACUGUAGAGUUUAAUGGACUAUGAGGUAGAACUGGGUUAAUCAAGAGUAUAAAGUUAGAUUUCUUUGUUACUGGGCCAGGAAUUGAAUUGGAUCAUUUCACUGUGUGUGGGGGGUUUGUGUAUGUUUCAAGGAUUUAGGGCCUUGUCAUGGUUAAACUAAACAUGAGUGAGUGUGUGUGCGAGACAAAGGAAGUGGGCGGAGCAAUAAAAGAGCGGGAAAACUGAAGAGGGGACUAUAUAAAAUGGAGGGAUCGCGUACGGGGGUGGGCCAUUCUGCAGACUGAUGCAACAAAAACUCUGUAAGACCUUAUUUGUAAUAAAGUAGAGUGGUUAUUUUCCACAACAUAAUAUUGGCCAUAUAUCACAAACCCCCAAGGUGCCUUAUUGCUAUUAUAAACUGGUUACCAACAUAAUUAGACCAGUAAAAAUAAAUGUUUUGUCAUACAUGUGGUAUAUGCUCUGAUAUACCACGGCUGUCAAUCAGCAUUCAGGGCUGGAACCACCCAGUUUAUAAAAAACUGUACAUAGGCCUAGAUUCUGAGUGGUGUUAUUUGGGGUGCUGCUGUCAUUGAUUUACAGUAUAAUUAACAUGUUCAGUGAGAUGGUGCAUCCCUCUCUAUAUGUCCUGUUUGUGAAUUGUGGCCACUCUUUCUCUCUCUCUAGUUUGUGGUCCACCCUAUCUGCCACCAGGUGCUGUCCUCUAUGUGGUGUGGGAACCUGUCUGGCUGGAGGGGCAGCAGGAUGACCUGGAAGCGGAUCUUCUUCACCAUGCCCCCCCUCUGCCUCGUUUACUGGAUCGCGUCUAAGUCCAAGGUCAGAUGA